UGUGCUCAGUUUUAUAUGAAAGUUUUGCUAAGGAGGCCGCCUUCCUCGUCGCUCUCGUAUCCCGGCGCGGGUGCUAAUGACGAUGCCCGUAGUCCCGGAAGUGGCGGUACACCCGGACCCCUCAGCCAACAAGCGCCAGCCAGCCUAGAUUCAUCGGACCCUGAUGCAAUGGGCAAAUGGUGUCCACGUAGGGAAUGGAGUUCGCCUCCUGACGCGCAACGCACGACGACCGACGGGCGUCGUGGUGUCCUUUAUUCGUCGGUCUUCCUUGGCAGUCCCGCGGGUGACGCGAGUAACGCGAGUAUCGGUAGCGGCGAAGGUACGGGUGAGGAAGAUGACGAUUCGUCGGGAAAGAAAAACCAAAAGAAACGAGGUAUCUUUCCUAAAGUUGCGACGAACAUCCUCAGGGCGUGGCUUUUUCAACAUCUCACGCAUCCAUACCCCUCGGAAGACCAGAAAAAACAGUUGGCACAGGACACGGGGUUGACGAUUCUUCAAGUUAAUAAUUGGUUUAUUAACGCGAGACGUAGAAUCGUUCAACCGAUGAUCGACCAGAGUAAUCGAGCCGGACCAAGCGGGGCAUACAGUCCGGAUGCGACGAUGGGCUACAUGAUGGACGGACAGGCGGCCAGUAUGAUGCACCGGCCGCCCGGCGAUCCUACCUUCCACAAUCAGUACCAUUAUCCAGAGUACUACGGACAUCACUUAUAAAGGAGUACUUGCAAAACAGAAUGGAUGGUGAAACGACGGUUCUAACGACAUGAGAAGCGUGACGGACCUAUCGUGCUCUGGCGUAGAUUAGAAUCGGAGGACAACGAUGAUCCGUGACCUCCAGGACGACCACCAGGGUACACAGUCUUGACGAUGUCUUACUACGCCGCACGUCGAAAUCCGUGACAUUUGGAUGCUCGGGAAUGAGGAAAAGAAAGGUCGAAGAAGUGAAGUUCCCACUUCAAAGAGAAAGGAUAAGGCAGAUGAAACGCCGCAGGAGGCCGAUAAACGAAGAUCGUGAAAUUGUGGAAAAAAGAAAGACGAUUACGCGAGGCGGAGCGAAGUGGCUGCGGAAGCGACACAAAAAUGAAAGAACACGAAAGGAAUGAAGCAGCGACUAGGUCUCAAGAGUGACGCAGUCGCGAAAAAAUUCAUGUGAUUGUUCUUUGUACAAAUAUCGCGGUGUAAUAUUGUAGUGAUUGAAGAAUUUAAAUGUUAAAUUUUAAUACGAUCGCGAUCGAGAUAUAUUAAUGAAAUAUAAGUGAUAUAUAGGCAAUUUAGCGGGCAUGUACAUUAAAAAAGAAGAAGCAAAUACACACCCGGUGCUCGCACGGAAUAGAGAAUAUGUUCAAGUGCACAGACAACGCGAGAAAGGUAUAAAAGAGACAUUAU